CAAAAACCUCCAGGAAUCCUAAAAAGAAGUGCAACCCCAAGGGACAAAGAAAGGACAGAAUGUCCACAAGCAACAAUUCAACAGAAUGUUCUCCAGAAAAUCCAACUAUAUGUUCACCACAAUUAUCGGUAGCAGCUUUACAAAUAAAUUCAACCACAGUUUCACCAAUGCCAGAAACCACCCCAAAGCUUAUAAAACUCACAAGAUUAGUUCCAAAGUCUAGGAAACCCAAGUCGAAUUCUACAUCAUCAACGACACCUUCAACCAUUACAACAACGAUGGAAACAACAGGAGUAAAACCCGACUCGAAAAUCAUAAAUAUCAGAAAAUAUGUACCCAAAACUAGAAAGCUCAAACCAAAUUCCACGACAUCAACAACAACAACAACGACAGUGGAAACCACAACUGUAGAAGAAACUACGAUGCCGGAAGAAACCACCUCGGAGACAACAGAAGAUCCUACAACAACCACAACAGAACAGGAGACAACUACACCUGAAUACCCCACAACACAAUAUUCAACAAAACAAUAUCAAGCAACACCAAAAACAACAAGCUACACAACAACUACGGAAAAACCACUUACUGAAAAUCAAUUAAAACGCCUAAGAGCCGCACAGAUCCGGAGGAGGAAUCGAAAGGGUUAUAAAAAAGGAACCCCAAAAGUCCCCGAUCCGCCAAAGAUCAAGAUAGAUGGUGCCACCCAGCCCAGUGAGGUUAUUCAUGUAAUUCUGCCCACCAAUGCAGCCGAAAUGAGGCUCACACCGGAAGAAGACAAUACCACGACGGUCAUGCCUAUUACGACUACUACCACUUCCGAACCGGAAACCACCACCGAAGACAGUUGCGAAGAUGAAGUGGAGACCACAAAGCUAACAGAAUUCCCAGAAAGUGAAGAUGCCGAAGGUGAAGCUUCUGAUCGUUCUGAAGGUAAGGGUGUUACCUCUAUGGAAGAACCAUGUGAGGAUACCGAGGAGCAAGGCACAAAUUUAUGUCCCCAGUUUAUGCCAGCACAAAGACAUCAGAAUGCUCCAAAACGAAUUCAAAUACCAUAUCGUAAUCGGAAGCCCGUGAAAAACUAUGUAGAACCCAUAUUGUAUGAAGGUAACAUUGCCAAGCCACUUCAUCGACCGACAAGGAUAAGACCUCCGCAAAAGGAUUAUUUUAUAUCCAAUAAGCAAAUAGUCCCCAGACCACGACCCAAGUACAGGAAACGUCUUCCCCAUUCGAUCUAUAUGAACAACAUAGUAAGGGGACUGGAUUGUGUAGAUGAAGUUGAUCAUCAUCCAAUAAGAAAUCCGCAUCAGCCACAGCAAUUUUGGGACAUGAGACGAGUGGGUCCAGGUCAAAGGAUUCAAAAUCCACGGCAACUGAUACCCGAAAGAAAUUUUGCCCCAGUGCCAGCAAGGAGACUAUUAUCCCAUGCCGAAAGCAUCGAAGAGUCUGAUGAGAGCCAGUAUCCCAGGGAAAGGGAAUUAGAGCAUUCGCAGCAGCUUCGAUAUCCGGAGGAUGUGGAAACUGUAUUGCAUGAGGAAAGGCCAAUGCCACAGCAAGCGAUGCCCACUCCCAGCAUGGAUCCCUGUCAGGUGGAGCAUGAUCAUGCCCUCUAUGGAGAGAGGAGAGAGCAUCCCGGGGACUAUCCACAAACACCAGCUUCCUCGCACUUUUUCACCUAAUUAACUAAAAUCAUAAGUUAGCAUAAGUAGCACCACACAAGC